GUCUGGGAGGGGGCGUACACUCCACUAGGGAUUCUAUAGAGGAAGAACUCCGGUCCUUCCUGCCUCUACCAGGUUCUAUCAUGCUCUCCCGGCUACUCAAGGAGCACCAGGCUAAACAGAAUGAGCGGAAGGAGCUGCAAGAAAAAAGAAGGAAGGAAGCCAUUGCAGCAGCUACAUCUCUAACAGAAGCUCUGGUAGACCAUCUAAAUGUAGGGGUGGCACAGGCGUACGUUAAUCAAAGAAAGCUGGACCACGAAGUGAAGACCCUGCAGAUACAGGCUGCACAGUUUGCAAAGCAGACAACACAGUGGAUCGGUCUGGUGGAGAGCUUCAAUCAGGCUCUGAAGGAGAUUGGCGAUGUGGAGAACUGGGCACGAAGCAUUGAAAAGGACAUGAGGAUAAUUGCUACUGCUUUGGAGUAUGUGUAUAAGGGCCAGCUGCAGCCCUCUGCCUCCUGAGAUUCCGCAAUGAAUUCUGGGAAACUGGAUGUAAGGAGUUAAUCUCACUUGAAUGCGAGUAACUUCAAAGUCUUGGCAUCGCCUUGAUGGAAGUGAGAAUGAUAGGCUAAUACUGUGCAGUGUACAGCAUAUUAUCAUUGUUUUGGCAGCCUGCAAUCAUUACUUAUGAUGCUAACCAGGUCUCAGAAGACCUUCUAAAUAUGGUACAGUGCAGUGUAGCAGACGUACGACUUGACAUGCUGGCUACAUUUAUGGAAUUGACUGCUUGAGAGUGGACAUCUGAGAACUAACCUGGAUGUAUUUUGCAGCAUCUCAUGAAUAUUAAAGUGCAUCUAUCAUU